AGUGGACGUUAAACAAAUGCAAAUCGAUUCAAACUGAUGAUUUCGAUUGAUGACGCACUCUCCAGCUGAUCUAGCCCGCCAGUUGUAUUUGUGCAAAAUUAAUUUUCUGGAGAACCUUUUCUUUAGUGACUUCAAGAUUUUUAUUUCUCGCUGUAAUGACAUGGUCUGGAAAUUGGUCGAAUUUCACCUUCGAAUGCAGUGGAUAUGUUGGGGAUUACUACUCGACCUUUCCAAACAUUGAUCAGUUUUACGAACUCUAUCUCUUUAACACUAUUGUUAACGCUGUAUCCGCAUUAACGGCUGUUUGUGGCAAUGUAGUUGUGUUAACAGGGAUUCUUAUAACACCAAGCUUGCGGAGAACACCUUCCUACUGGCUGAUUAGCAGUCAAGUCUGUACAGAUCUUGCAUUAGGGCUCGCUCAACCUUUGAUAUCAUUUUUCAUGGCGGCRGAGAUCACUGGGAAGGACAUUCUCACCGUGUGCACGUUAGGACAAGYUAUUUUAUUCAUUUGUUUCUUCCUUCUGUCUGCUACAGGACUUGGUCUUASUGCCCUUAGUAUUGACAGGCUUUUAGCCAUUCGUUUGAAAACGAUGUAUAAAGUUACUGUUACUAAGAAACGCGUUGCGAUAACUAUUGCUGGGCUGUGGKUAUUUUCACUGGCUUUAGCAAUCAUUGCAUUUUAUGUGGACAACCACAGAUAUGUUACCAUAAUGUUCUUGUGUUUCGCCUCAAGCUGUUCUACUAUCACAACGAUCUGCUACGCAAGUGCGAUCAAAGCUCUCAAAAUCCACAUGAAAGAUAUAAAUCCCUCGCGAGGAACUUCACAAACCAAUUCAGCUACGCUUGAUGUUAAUAAGUAUAAGAAAACGUUAUGGACUAUGAUCAUCAUUGAGAUUGUACUAAUGUUUUUUGCAAUUCCAAUAUGUGCUUCCUGGAUGUACAUGUUUAUCCAUGGUCUAACGGUGUAUAGCAUGACUAUAUUGUUCACGGCGACGACUUUUUUCAAUCUCGUUUCUAGUAUCAAUCCAUUGAUAUACAUCUGUAGGAUGAACGAUAUCCGAAAUGCUUCGAGAGCUGUACUUAGAAAAGUGUGCUGCUUUUUGCACUCGAGCAAUCCCUCGUAGUGGAACUGCUGAAAUUAUUAUAUAUAGCAAAUGUUGAAAGGUUGUUUGCCUGGAAUAGACAUUUCCUGUGAUAAAAUUAGCUGUACGCGAAAUUUGUAUUUUAGGACAACCUUUUAAAUUGAUCGU